AUGGAGACCAAGUGCUGUAGUCGAUUGGUGUUUUGCUCCAAGACAACCUUUUAUACUUUUCUGCUUGGAGGAGUCUUUAUUGCAUUGGGCUCAAGUCGAAUCCUCCUGAUGAAGUAUUCUGCCAAUGAAGAUAACAAAUAUGAUUACCUUCCUACAACAGUGAACAUAUGUUCUGAAGUAGUAAAACUGGUCCUGUGUGUGGUAUUGGCACUAUGGGUUAAGAAAAAAGAUGGUUGUUUGGAUCAUCCCUUUGAAUGUCUUUCCUGGAAGAAUUUUUGUAAUUCCAUGAAAUGGUCAAUUCCUGCCUUUCUUUACUUUUUGGAUAACUUGAUUGUCUUCUAUGUACUGUCCUACCUCCAGCCAGCAAUGGCUGUACUAUUCUCAAAUUUUGUCAUUAUAACAACAGCUCUUCUCUUCCGGAUAGUGCUAAAGCGAAAACUCUCUUGGGUACAGUGGGCAUCUCUGGUGAUUUUAUUCCUGUCCAUCGUUGCCCUGACUCUAGGAACUGGAGGCCAUCAGCAAAGCUUGGCUGCACAUGGAUUCCAUCACAGUAUGUUUUUUAGUCCAUCUAACCACUGCCUUCUCUAUGCCGGACCUGAGGAAGCAUGCCUGGAAAAGGGCAACUGUGUAGCACCAAGUUUCCUUCACAGCUUCCAGUGGAAUGUCACCAGUACCAUGGCAGGAGCAUUGAAACCUCUCCGCCUCAGCCUGGGCCAUCUGCUUAUUCUAGUGCAGUGCUUCAUUUCUGCUCUGGCUAACAUCUACAAUGAAAAGAUCUUGAAAGAUGGGGAUCAGCUUGCUGAAAGCAUCUUCAUGCAGAACAGCAAACUCUAUGCCUUUGGGGUGCUGUUCAAUGGGCUUAUGUUGGGGCUGCGGGAUAAGGACCGGAGGCAGAUAGGGAACUGUGGCUUCUUCUAUGGGCACAACAUCUUCUCGGUGGCUCUCAUAUUUGUCACAGCUUUCCUGGGGCUGUCUGUAGCCUUCAUCUUGAAGUUCCGAGACAAUAUGUUCCAUGUUAUGACUGCUCAGAUCACCACUGUCAUCAUCACCACCAUCUCUUUCAUCAUAUUUGACUUCAGGCCUUCUCUAGAGUUCUUUUUGGAAGCUCCUGUGGUGCUUCUCUCCAUAUUCAUCUAUAAUGCCAGUAAACCAAGAGGCCUGGAAUAUGCCACUCUGCGGGAAAGGGGCAAACUUGCCAAAGGAGAUGCAUGGGAGAGGUCAAGUGGGGAUGGAGAAGAAUUUGAAAGAUUGAACAAACCAAGCAGUGACAUCGAUACAGAUGAAGAUUCCCUCUAGCAUGAGGCUCGCUCAGAGGAGUGCUGUUACUCAUAGCGAGAGAAUG